AGAUGGCAUAAAUUUCGAAAUGAACACAUCAGAAAGCAAUACAGAUUUGGAAAAAAUAACAAAUUUAGAAAACAACACCGAUAUAAAACUAAAUGAAAUAGAGGAAGAAGAUGAAAAUGCUGGUGACGAAGAAAUUGAAAUUGACGAAGAUGAAGAAAACAAAAACAAUAUAGAAACUGAACCACCAAAAUUUAUAGGUCAAUUAAGAGUAUCAUCACCAAAAUUUAAUGACACAUUAAUAAAUUCAAAUAGUGGAAGAGUUCAACAAAAUGAAAAGAAACAAUUAUCAAGAACUAUAACAUUUGCUGAUCCAUCUUCAAUUCAAAGCUUUUUUGGUAAUAACGUUGAUGUUGGUGUAUCAAAUAAUAAUAACAAUAAUAAUAGUAAUAGUAAUAUUGGUAAUAAUUUCACAACAUCAUUGGCAGCAAAUAACUCAAAUAAUAACAAUAUUUUAAGCUCAACAUCAUCACCAUUAAUUAAAAUUGAUCCAAAACAUAAAAUUUCAGAAAAAAAUAGAACCUCAUCUAAAAUUAGUUUAUCAACCAUUUUCCCCAAAUUACAAUUUAACCAACAACAAACACCUACUCUUUCACCAUCGAAAUAUUAUUAUCCAUUAUUACAACCAUCAGAACUAACAACUUUAAUUAGAGGCUACCAUGGUGUUGCAGAUAUCAAUAAAAAGGGUUUAAAAAGAGCUAAAAAGAGUAUGGAAAUGGAAGAUGAAUAUUUAUGUUUAUCUCCUUUUGGAAAUGAAGAUCAACAAAUGUCAUUAUUUGCAAUUUUCGAUGGUCACUCUGGUAAAAAUGUUGCAGUCUCUGCAAAACAAAUAUUCCCAUCGAUUUUAUUAAAAUAUAUUGAUUCAGCCAAAAGAGAGAUGGGCGGAAGACCUAUUUAUGAUAUGAGAGGAGUAUUUUUAUCAGCAUUUAAAGAGGUCGAUGCACAACUAUCAAAAUAUGAAUACGAAGGUUCCACUGCAACCAUUUGUUUAGUAUGGAAAGCUGGACAUCAAAGAUUUGUACAAUCAGCCAAUGUUGGUGAUUCAACUGCUUUUCUUAGCUAUGGAGCCGAAACUUUAUUCCUCAGUAAGGAUCAUCGUUUAACAGACCCAGAAGAGAUUACAAGAAUUAAAGCUGAUGGUAUACAAUUAACAGAAGGUCAAACUAGAAUCAAUGGUUUAAUGGUUAGCAGAGCAUUGGGUGACCAUUUUAUAAAACAUUUAAAUUGUGGUUUGAUUGGUGAACCAUAUGUAUCCCCUCCAAUUUCAAUAACACCUUUCCAUUCUUACUUAAUAGUUGCCUCUGAUGGUCUUUGGGAUGUAAUCUCUGGUCAUCGUGCUAUGGAAAUCAUUAAAUCUCAACAAUCUGAAGAAAAAAUGGCAAAUAAUUUAUUACAAUGUGCAGUGGGCUCAAUCAAAUCAAAAGAUAAUAUUUCAAUAAUUGUUGUAACUUUACAAUAAAUAAAUAUAUAAACAAUAAUAAAAAUAAUAAAAAAACAAAUAAUAAUUUUAAUAAAAUGUAUACAAUAGACAACCAAAAGGUGAUUUAGAUAUUGAAUAGAGUAAACUAUUUUAAAGAACCAAUUGAUGUAAUAAAAUAAAAAAAUUUUAUAAUUAAUGUUUUCUUU